CUGUCCUUAAAUAUUUCUGAAUUUCUUUUUAUUAGUAUAUUUUAUUCUUUGAAGGGAGAAAUUAAAGCAAAAUUUUUGGAACAACUUUCCAUCGAAUCUCACCAUUAUCUCCGCGUAAAAAAUUCUGUUCGACGCUCAAAAAAAAUAUCUGCAGAAAAAUUAGUCAAACAUUGGAAUUGGCAUCAGGCGAUAUUUGAUACAUUAGAAAAAAAUAUCGCUAAUCUAAAGACAAUAUCACCUAAUGAAAUCGCAGAAUUAAUGCUUAAUUCAAUCUUAUCGAUGUGUGGUCAAGGCCAAGAUCUUGUGCCAUAUUAUUCUUUUGAAUUAGAAAUAUCAGAUCCAAUUUUUGAAACAAUUCAUAAGAAAUUUGUGAAUAAAUUUGUUGAUAAUAUAGACCAGGAAUUGUUCGAUGAAUAUAUUCGAUACUUCUUUGAAGCAGAUAUUUCAAGGUGCUUUACACUGCGCGAAUGGUGGCUUAGAUGUUCAUCUGUUGCUCGGGUGAAUCCAGAAUUUCGCAUACCAUUCACAGAUUUUUCAGUUGAAAGUCGUAGAGAACUUGGAUCUUUUCUUAUUUCAGUAAUGUUGGAAGCUUGUAAAUUUCCCUGGCCGAAUUCAGGUUUAUUUUCUUGUGGAAAAAUGUUGUUCGCUUUUAAACUGAGAAAUGUUGCUGUUGAAGAGGAAAGUUUGGUAUUCGACAAUGAUCGCAUAACAUUGACAAAAAUGAUUAAGAUAGAACCACGCCUGAUGGACAUAUUUGCGGAACAUGAAUUUGAGUGGCUGUUGUUUCCCAAUAACCUCAUCCCUAUGAAGGUGCCACCACGUCCAUGGAUUGAACAUGGUUAUGGAGGACCUUCAUAUACGAAAUCAACCGAUAUUAUACGAGAUAUGCCUGAAUAUUCGAAAGUCAUGCUAAACAAUGAAAUGAAAACGCGAUUGAGUUCGAAAGGUCAAGCUCGUCCUGUUUUUGAUGCUUUAAAUAAUUUGGGGUCUACUCCAUGGAAAAUUAAUUGUCGUAUUCUAGAUGUAUUGCAUAAGGUUUUUGACCUAACAUUUGAUGCCAAAAACGAAGGACUAUUGCGAAAAUUAUCGAUCCCACUUAAAGCAAGUGCCAUUGAAGUGCCUGAUUAUAGGAAAAUAUUCGGAUUAGUAAAGGUUGAUGAAAUUCCACGCGAAGAAUGGCGAAAGUUUUUUGGAAAUAGAUGUGAAUUAUUGAAAAAGAAAAACGAAACAAAUUCGUUGUGGUUUUGGUUGAAAUAUAGGUUAAUAAUGGCAGAGCAUUAUCGGAAUGAAUUUAUUUUUUUCCCUCAUAAUAUGGAUUUUCGUGGUCGAGUGUAUCCUAUAUCACCAUAUCUCAGCCAUAUGGGUGACGAUUUGAAUCGCUCCCUCCUCCUUUUUGCUGAAGGUAGAGCACUGGGUAGUCGAGGGCUGUCAUGGUUAAAAGUGCAUUGUAUAAACUUAUGUGGACAAAAGAAAAGAAGUUCGAUCGAAGAACGAAUGGACUUCGCGGAGAAAAUGUUGCCGAAUAUGCUCGAUUCGGCCAAUAAGCCAAUGAAUGGCAGUGGUUGGUGGAUGGAAUCAGAUGAACCGUGGCAGACGCUUGCUACUUGCAUGGAAAUUCAAGAAGCUAUUAACUAUCAUCCCGAAUUGUAUAUAAGUCAUCUGCCAGUUCAUCAAGAUGGUUCAUGUAAUGGGCUUCAACAUUACGCAGCUUUAGGUCGAGAUAAACAAGGUGGAAGUGAAGUAAAUUUGGUUCCAAAUAAUGUCCCAUCUGAUGUUUACACUAGUGUUGCACAAAGAAUUGAACAAAAACGCAUUGAAGAUGAAAACAGCAAUGAUACUGAAGUUAAAGAACUGGCUUUGGCACUAAGAAGGGCACUUCCUGGACCACUGCAUCGUAAGGUGAUUAAACAAACUGUCAUGACAACUGUGUAUGGUGUAACAGUGUAUGGUGCUCAGGUUCAAAUUAAACGCCAGCUUAAAUUAUUUGACAUUCCUCUUGCUGAUGUUUGUUUAUUUAUUGUAUUUGUUUUUUGUCAUCGAUUUGCUAAAUAUCUAGCGCAGAAAACUUUCAAAAGUUUGCACGAUGCUUUCAUAAGUUCAAUGAAGCUGAAGGACUGGUUUCGUCAGUGUGCAUCAGAGAUUUCGAAAUUAAUGCAACCCGUUGAAUGGAUCACACCACUAGGCCUACCCGUUGUACAGCCUUACCUGGAGAUUGGGAAUAAAAACGGCAAACUAUGUUUAUUGCCCAUAAAGCACAAACAAGUGAAUGCAUUUCCACCAAAUUUUAUUCACUCACUUGAUUCCACGCAUAUGAUGCUAACAUCUUUACAUUGCCAUAAGCUGGGAGUAACGUUCACGGCAGUGCAUGAUUGUUACUGGACACAUGCAGCUAGUGUUGAAUUGAUGAAUUCCAUUUGUCGCGAGCAGUUCAUUCUUCUACAUAAACAGGCACUUGUAACGCAGUGUGCAGAGUUCUUCCGGAAAAAAUACAUUUCUCAACGAUUACGCGAUAUUAUGGAUGAAACAGAUGUGAAUUACCUGGAAGAAGUUUUCACACCAAACAUCGUAACGGGCGAUUUAGAUAUUGAAACCAUUCGUGAUUCAAUAUAUUUUUUCUCCUAA